AUGGUUCAUGUUGAAGAGUCACUACAGAUCCCGAGGGACUUUGAAGGUUUCGGUGAGGAAGGUUUUGAUCCCCAGUGGCCCAAUGGUGCCAGAAUUGCUGUAUCCUUUGUGUUGAACUAUGAAGAGGGAGGUGAACGUAAUGUUCUGGAUGGUGAUCCUUUUUCCGAGCCAUAUCUCUGGGAGAAAGGUGCAUCGGGAGGCUACAAAGAAGGACGCCACGUAAAUGGUGAACAGGACUUCGAGUACGGUAGUCGCGUUGCAUCCUGGAGACUUAUCCGCCUAUUCAAGGAAUUUGGCUGGAGCUUCACUACGUAUGCGGUCGCUUUUGCAUUGAAGCGGAACCCAAAGUUUGCAAAAGCUCUGGUUCGUGAUGGACACGAGAUCGCUUGCCAUGGAUUGCGAUGGCUGGACAUUUGGGAUUACUCGCUUGAAGAGGAAAAGGAGUACAUCAAGCAGAACAUCCUGAUCCUGAAAGAAGUGUCGGGCGAGAUGCCAGUAGGCGCUUAUUAUGGACGUGGCACGCCAAACACCAGGGCAAUCUUUCCAGAGGUUUGGAAAAGCGUUGGGGGCGAGUUUUUGUGGUCUUCCGAAUGUUACAACGACGACGUUCCAUAUUGGAUUGAUCUCCCGUGGGAAAAGGAGCUACCAGAGGACAAACGGGAGGGCAUGCUUAUGAUUCCUUACAACUACGACUGCAAUGACGGCAAGUUUCACAUGUCCCCUGGAUUUGGAAGCUCUGUGGGAGAGACAUAUGAGCAGUACCUCAAAAACACAUUUGAUUGUCUAUAUCGAGAAGGUGGCAGGAUCAUGAACAUCCCACUACACACGCGCAUCAUUGGCAAGCCAGGACGUUCAGAGGCUUUGCGCAAAUUUAUGCAAUAUAUCUCUGGCAAGCCUGGUGUCUGGGUCACUACGAGGAGAGACAUUGCUAAGCACAUGAGGCAGAAGUUUCCAUACAAACCGGAUGGUGCUUGGCAAACUCCUGUGUAA